UGUUAUAUUUUAUAGGGCGGUUCUGGAAAAACGGUAUGAGUUUUCGAAGAAAUGAAGUCAAAAUUAACUUCUCGAGAUAAAAAUCUACAAACAAUGUAUUUCGCUAAUUUUUGAAGGUGGUCGGAAAAAGGUCAAAAUUUUGUUGACUGAAAAUGAAAAUUUGUGAAAAAAAUACCAAAAGGACUACAAAAAUCCCUGGAAAUAGAUUUCGAGGUACCGGUCUGAGAAAUACUAGUGGUCUGGAAGAACUCUUUGGAAUUCAAUUCUUAAAAAAUUACCAGAUAUUGCCAUAUUUAAUUGGUUGUUUCCGGAAAAAACGGUAGGAGAUUUCGACGUGAUGAAGCUAAAAGUCACUUCCCCAGGUCGAAAUCUAAAAAGAAAUCUCCUUAGGUUAGUUUUGAAAGUGGUCGAAAAGUGUCAAAAUUUUCAUAAAGGGGGAGUAUUAAAGCAUUAAGCUUUUGAAAAAAGUUCGUCAGUAUUGUGUUUUUUUUUUAAUUAAAAGAAUCUCGGUACCCUUGGUAUUUUAUUUUAGAAAGAAUUUGAAAAAAUAUUCCACACUUUUGAUGUUUUCAUUUUGAAGGAACUGAAAAAUCCCCUAAAAUCCCUAGUAUUUUGUUCUUGAAAUCAAUUUAAAUUGUGCGCUUUUUUUAAGAGUUUAGUAAAAGAAACUUGGGGCUCCCGGUGUUUUCAUUUUGAAACAAUUCCUAUUUUUCUUAGAAAAAGAAAGUUGGAAUUUUUGGUGAGUUUUUUUACGCUCGAAAUUUUCACGAGGGGGAAGUAUUGAAAAACUGAGCUUUUGAAAAAGUUGUCAGAAAAUUAAUAAAAAAAUCUGGGACAUAUUUAAACUUGACGUGCUGAUCAAAAAAAUAUAACGUGUUUAUAAUCCCGGAGCAUGAUUAUACAUAGAAACAUUCGGGUUGAAAUAAUGUUUUCGAGCUUUUGAAAAAGUUGUUUACUAAUCCAAAAAACUUCUGCAAUUCGACCUAUUAAUUCCAAAAAUACAGCAUUUUUAUGGUCAAGAUUUUAGAAAAUUUCGAUUUUUUUAAUACGUAUUAUAAAUAACCAGAUUUCAUUGACGGUUCUGGAAAAAUGGUAGGAGUUUCGAAAAAUUGGCCUCAAGUAACUUCUGAAGGUCGAAAUCUACAAGAAAAUCUCUUUGGGUAUUUUUUGAAGCUGGUUGAUAGAAGGUCAAAAAUUUUCGUUGAAAAAUUGAGCUUUUGAAAAAGUUGCCUAAAAUUGCAAAACAUUUUGGAAUAUAGAUCUGUAUGUACUGAUUCUAGUAAUAUAGUGUGCUUAAUGCGAAAUUUUUUAAAUAUUCGGUUUGAAAUUCAAUUUUUUAGAAAGAUUGUAAACAUAUAAAUUCACUGAGCAGUUCUGGAAGAGGAAGAUUUAAAAGAAGUGAGGCCGAAAGCAACUUCUGGACGAUUAAAUCUAAAAAAGAAGAAAUACGUAGGUAAUUUUCUAAGUUGGUCGAAAAAAUAAAUCGGUUAAUAAAUUAAUAAUUUCUUUUUUGUUUCCUAAUUCAUUGGGCGAUUCUGGAAAAAUUUAAAGAAUUUAAAAAAGAAUGAAAUCGGUACUUCUCGAAGUCGAAAUCUAUAAAAAAAGUCUCCUUGGGCUCAAAAGUAACUUUUCGAGUCGAAAUUGACCAAAAAAAUUCGUUCGGUAAUUUUUGAAGUGGUCGGAAAAAGGUAAAAAUUUUGAUGUUUGAAAUUGAAUUGAUUGAAAAAUUGAAUUUCUGGAAAAGAUACUAGAACAAUUCUUUUAGAUAGAUUUCGGUGUACCGUUCCGAUAAAUGUUGUUCGGUUUGAAAUUACAUUCAAAAAUUCUUAAAUAUUGCCAUUAAUAAUUGGUUGCUUCUGGACAAAACGGUAGGAGUGUUCGACAUAAUGAAGCUGGAAGUCAGUUCCCGAGAUCGAACUCUAAAAAAAAUCUCCUUAGGUAUAAUUCUUUGAUAAGAACCAACAAGCUCGAUAAACACCUAAAUGGAUCUCAAGUGUUUUCAUGGACGCCGUCGUCUCGGCGCUCACAAUACUCAGUUUCAAAAUAAUCGCGUAUUAAACAACAUCGCACAAUGCAAGUCCUCCAUUUCACCCUAGUCCCUUUAUUCGUCCUCUCCUGGAUCUGCCUCCUCAUCCUAAUCAGAAACAACCUACCCCACACCUCAAUCCAACUCAACAUCAACGCAAACCGAAACACAAUCUCCAACUACAACUUCCAAACCACCCCCAAACACAACGAACAAAAAAACAAAAUCAAGAAAUACCACGUCCCGAAGUUCAUGCUGGAGUUGUACGAGAGGAACAAAAUGAAAAAGGACAACCGGACAUUGCCUGAUGUUGUGCGCAGUUUAAUCCCGAAACAUGCAGGUCCGAUACGCGAGAACGAAGUGGUGAAAGAGUCGGACAACCACCUUCUAGUUUUCGAUUUACCGAACUCCGAUGAAGAAGAGGAGUUCGUGGGGGCGGAGCUGCGAAUUUUGACUUUGGUCGAAAUUAAAUCUGAUGUCAUUUCCGGAGUUGAAAGGCAGCUGAAAGUGUCGAUUUAUGAUGACGCAACCAAGACGUUUUAUAGUUUGGAGGAGGUGCGCAUUUAUCACUUGAAUAACACUUGGUUGUCGUUUAACGUGACGAAACCUGUGGUUGAGGUUUUGAGGAAAAGUGGCAGGGAGAAGUACUUGAAGAUAGUGAUUUCGGUGAGUGCGUUUUUGCCGUACUACGAGAACCCGGGGGGUGAUUUUAGGUUGUCUUUGAUGCCCGUGAGGGACGAUUUUGACCACGACUAUCCCAUUCUGCUCUUGUCAUACUCGUCUAGUCGAAGGAAUAGUAGUGGGGAAAGUGGUACCAGAACGAAACGAAGUAUUGAAGAAGAUUACGAAGAAGAGACCAAUAGAGUGUGGGACGACGAUAAUGCUAAGAAAACUCAAGUGAAGAAAAUCAGGAGGAACACCUGUCGCAGAAAACCUCUCUACAUAGAUUUUACCGAGAUAAAUUUCGACAUGUGGAUCGUUCAGCCCCGUGGAUACGAAGUACGCACUUGGGUUGUUAAAAUGUUUGGGUUAUGUUGCUUUCAGGCGUACCAAUGCCAAGGCAAGUGUUUUUAUCCAGUGGCUGAACAUCUCAACCCCACGAAACACGCUAUCGUUCAAGCUCUUCUCCACAGCGUCUCGCCUUCCAAGGUUUCGAGGUCCUGCUGCGUCCCAACAAACCUAGAUUCUAUAUCUAUCCUCUAUGUUGACAACAACGGCGUUCUCACCUAUCGGUACGCUUACAAGGAUAUGGUAGUUCUAGAAUGUGGUUGUAGAUAAUCUAGUUGUUUGCUAAUAAAUUUUGUCACAGAUGUUGUUCU